UCGACUUGUACUUCACAAACGGUGUAAGUGCAGUCGCAGGACGCACACAUCCCCCAACCUUUUUCCAAUUCCCAUCCUCUCCUUUCAACUCCUCCCUCACAAACUACUCCUUCUCUUCCCUCAUUAAAUAUUAACAAUUAGAUUUAGUUUAAUUUUCUCCAAAACUUUCAUUUCUAAUUAAAAACUUUUAGUGUAUUUUAAGACAUACAUUUUACCAACAUGAAUACUUCAAUCUUUUGCUUUGUAAUGCUGGAGGUGGUAUUCGCUCUUACUGUGACUGCUCAGAUGUUUGCUGAUAUUGGAGACCACAACAUUAAAAAAAUAUUACACGCUCCAUGCAGAGAUGAUUCGUCAGAAGAACUAAUUGUAAUAGAAUUAUCAUGUUCCCACGAAGAUUCUUCUUCUGAAGAUAGUAGUUCAUCCUCAGAAGAAAUCAUCAUUCAUGAAUCAAGCGGAUCCAGUGACUCGUCCAGCAGGAGUUCUGAUGAAUCCAGCUCCAGCAGUUCUUCAUCGUCAUCAGAAGAAAUAAGCAUUCAUGAAUCAAGCAGUUCCGACAGCUCAUCUGGCAGUUCUAGCAACAGUUGUGAUGAUUCCAGCUCCAGCAGUUCUUCAUCGUCUUCAGAAGAAAUAAUCAUUCAUGAAUCAAGCAGCUCCGACAGCUCAUCUGGCAGUUCUAGCAACAGUUGUGAUGAAUCCAAUUCCAGCAGUUCUUCAUCGUCUUCAGAAGAAAUCAUCAUUCAUGAAUCAAGCGGUUCCCACAGUUCGUCUAGCAGCAGUUCUGAUGAAUCCAGUUCCAGCAGUUCUUCCUCGUCUUCAGAGGAAAUAAGCAUUCACGAUUCAAGCAGCUCGGCUGAUUCAGACUCUGAUGACAUCAUCAUAAUCGACGGCGACUGCUCUGGCAGUUCUGAUAACACCGUGGAAAUUAUAAUUAUUGAUGACGAAGGCUGCGGCUGUUCCAGUAGUUCUUCCAGCUCCGAGGAAAUUAUUAUAAUUGACGAGGAAAGUUCCAGCGAGUCUGGCAGUUCAUCAGAUUCAGAUGAAGUGGUUAUCAUUGAAGAACAUUGUUCCAGCAGUUCCAGCAGUUCCGGCAGUUCUGGCAGUUCUGGCAGUUCCGGCGGUUCCGGCAGUUCUAGCAGUUCUUCCAGCAAUGAGGAAAUUAUCAUCAUUGACGACGAAAGUUCAUGUUCUUCAGAUAGUUCAUCAAGCUCCGAAGAACUGGUAAUCAUUGAAGACGAGAGCUCCAGCAGUUCCAGUAGUUCUUCUAGUUCCGAGGAAGUUGUUAUUAUUGAAGACGAUAGCUCCGGCAGUGAUUCUUGUUCGUCCUCUGUAGUGAGAGUUGUCGUAGAUUUGAGUGAUUGCGGAUGUGACUAAAGAAAUAAAGUUUAAUAAUUUAAUAAAACGAAUACAAAAAUAUUUAAGCAUUUAAAUUCUAUGAACUAAACUCAUUGACAUGUGAUACAGCUUUCGAUGUUUUUCAAAUUAUUACAAUCUAUAAAAACGAAUGAUAUUACCUUUUGGAAGAGAUGAAAGAUUUAUAUAAGUUAUGAAUGCCAGGUUAAGCCAUGAAAAUGUUUUUUGUUUCAUAAUGAUUAAAUGUCAUAUUUUUGCCAAAAAAUAAUUAGAGAAUGUAAUGUAUUUAUUUAAAAUUAUAUUAUAAUAUUGUCAAUAGAAAUACAUGAUAUUAAUAAUUAAUAAUAUAUUGUUUCAAUAUUUUAAAACCUUUUUUUUCCUCAACACCAACUUCCUUUCGUAAUAGAUGGACAUGUAGGUGAUUAUGACAUUAUUACGUAACUGUGUCAAUGUUUCUUCACGUACCAAACUCUCUUAAUGUUUUUUGAACAAUAUUAAAAACGAAAAAUGUAUUUA